UCCUUUUCACAUACAUUCAACGCCAGACUUUUCGCCAGCGCUGCUGCUGCUGCUGCUGUGGAUCUUCAAUUUUGAUGCAUCAUUGUCAUAAAUGCAGCGGUAAUUGAAUCCUGAUCGCGGCGGAGGUCGGUGGGGGUGGUGGAUGUCCUACUGUUCUACGGCAGCCUUUGUUGCGCGAGCUGGCGCGAUAUAAUUUGUGGCCAUGUGUAUCAUAAAAACUGGUGGAUUCGGGGAAAUUUCGCGUUAGAGGAAGCGAAAGGAUUGUGGUUCUUCAAUUUGUAUUUUGGAAGUUAUCUGGAUAUGGAAAACGUGUACAAACAGAGUCUAUGAAGUUUGUUACCAUCUUCACGAUUUAUUGAAUCUGAGUUUUUAGUUUUGGAUUUGAAGUUUGGCGGAUCGUUGAGUUUGAGAUUAGCUGCAAAAAUGGGGGAAAAGGAGAUUAGGAAAAUGGAAGGAUUCGAUGUGAAUAAUGCAGCAUUAGCAGAGUCUGUAGUAGCUCUGGCAAUAAGUGGAAGCAGUAAGAGCAAAUAUGUUGUCAAGUGGGCUUUGGAGAAGUUUGUUCCUGAAGGACAAGUCUACUUCAAGAUACUGCAUGUUCGCCCGGUGAUUUCGCGAAUUCCGACUCCUAUGGGUAACUUUAUUCCCGUUUCGCAAGUUCGGGAAGAUGUGGUGAAGGCAUUUCGAAAGGAACUCGAGUGGCAAGCGAAGGAAAAGCUUCUUCCCUACAAAAAAAUGUGUUCCCAAAGAAAGGUGCAAGUAGAAAUCGUGCAGAUCGAAUCAGACGACGUCGUAGAAGCUAUAGCUGGGGAUAUACAGCGAAAUAAGAUCGCUAAACUUGUCAUCGCGACUUCCUCCCGUAAUAUCUUCUCCAGGACGCCAAAGCUGUCAUCGAUGAUAACGGAAGGCUGUCCGAUGUUUUGUACUGUGUACGCUGUUUCUAAGGGGAAGCUGUCGUCGAUACGUCCUGCAAAUUCAGAACCAAACGAAAGAUUCAUUGAAGAAGAAGAAGACGACGCCAGCGAGACGAGCAGCACGUCCACCGAUAAUUACACAAACAAUAGUUUGAGCUCGCGAACAGAUUGGACGGAUCAGGGCUCGGUAGGAUCCUAUUCUAAUUAUCGUUCGUCUUCGCUGCCGGCGCAGCGCUUCCAAGCUCUCUCCGCGAUAAAUCAGUCGCUUCUUCAUAAACGAAUGCCUUCGGGCGGAGUUGUCCCUUUGAAAGACUUACCUAUCAGUGGCUUCAAUGCAAUUGACGGGACUACCAUGGCCCCGAGCCUCGCGAGCUUAGCAGCAAGAGAUAGUUUGUUGUGGGAUCAAGCCUCGACAUCGGAUAUCUCUUCCGAGAAUCAGGUGAACGUCGACUUUGAGGUCGAACGAUUGAGGACUGAGCUGAGACAUAUUCGAGGAAUGUACGCCAUGGCUCAAACCGAGGCCACCGAUGCUUCUAGGAAGUUAAGCGAACUUCAGAAACGUCGUCUACAAGAGGACGCUAAUCUAAAACAGAUAAGUAUCAAGGAAGAAGAAGCGAAAGAGUUUGCGCGAAAGGUUAAAGAAAGAUACGAAGCUGCGAUAAGAGAAGCCGAGCUCAUCAAGGACUGCGUCGAGAGAGAAGCUGCAGAAAGGAAAGAAGCGGAGAUAAGAGCGUUACACGAAACCAAAGAGAAGGAGAAGCUCGAAUCUACCUUGACCGGCGGCUUCAAUCUGUAUCGACAAUUCACGUGGGAAGAAAUCGAGUCCGCGACUUCAUCCUUCUCCGACGAUCUCAAAAUCGGGAUGGGCGCGUAUGGCGCCGUGUAUAAAUGCAGCUUUCUGCACACGACCGCGGCCGUGAAGGUUCUUCACUCGACGGAAGCUACCAGAGAUAAGCAAUUUCAGCAAGAGUUGGAGAUAUUGAGCCGAAUUCGACACCCUCACUUGAUGAUUCUUCUCGGCGCCUGCCCGGAGCGGAGCUGCCUCGUGUACGAGUUCAUGGAGAACGGCAGCCUCGAAGACAUACUGAUGAAGAAACCCAGGCGACCGCUGUUAUGGCACGAUCGUUUCCGGAUCGCCUGGGAAGUAGCAUCGGCCCUCGUGUUCCUGCACAGCACAAAGCCGAGAGCAAUCAUACACCGCGACCUGAAGCCGGCGAACAUACUCCUCGAUCGAAACUACGUGAGCAAAAUAGGGGACGUUGGGCUCUCGACAAUGGUGAACAGGGACGCUCUUUCGUUAUCCGCCGCGUACAAGGACACCGCGCCGGUGGGCACAAUGUACUACAUCGAUCCCGAGUAUCAAAGAACCGGAGUUGUUUCUCCCAAGUCUGAUGUCUAUGCCUUCGGGAUGGUUGUUCUGCAACUGCUGACGGGGAAGCAGGCGAUCGCGCUAGCUCAUAAAGUCGAAGUAGCGAUAAGCAAGGGGCGUUUCGCGGAGGUGCUGGAUCCCGAGGCCGGCGCUUGGCCUGUCGAGGAAACCAGAGAAUUAGCACUCGUUGCGCUGCAGUGCACUGAACUUAGGAGAAUCGAUAGGCCUGAGUUAGAGGAACAAGUCUUUCCAUUGUUGGAGAGGAUGAAAGACUUCGCCGAGGAAGCUCGGGACUCGGCUGCUGAGGCUAUGCCCCCGCCUCCGAAACACUUCUUGUGCCCUAUUCUCAAGGGCGUAAUGGAGGAUCCGUGCGUUGCUGGGGAUGGCUACACGUACGACCGGAAGGGGAUCGAGUCGUGGCUCGAGGCGAACGAUACGUCUCCGAUGACAGAAUCGCCGUUGCCGCACAAGUACUUGGUUCCGAACUACACGCUUCUUUCUGCAAUCAUGGAAUGGAAGUCGGGUAAGUAUGAAGCCGAAGCUCGAUUCUGAUAUAUUCGACAACAUUUGUCUGUAGAAAUUUUAUGUCUUAGAUCAUUCCAACUGUAUAGAACCUACCUUUCUUGUGUGAGAUGAUAUGUUUUUCCGAAUUUGUUCUAAAUUAGUCUUUUCUAUAAGCAUUCUUCCG